AUGGCCGACGAGGUCCCAUCUCGGGAGGCGAUGACGCGCCUGGCGGAAUAUGCAGCUCCGCCCCAGGACGCGAUAGCACCCGAUGGCCAGGGCGAGACAAUCGAGGAGCGAUGCUUCUCGGCCGCUCUCAUCUGUCUGGAAGGCCACUACACUCAGUCGCCGCCCAUGGGCCCUUUGACAGCUGCUCGGGUCAACUCGAUGAUCUCAAAGACCCUCGAGAAGACGCACACUCUCCGAGCUGCCCGCGAAGCGCUGUCGCGGAAUGUCGCCAUAUGGAUAUGGUUGACGAGAAUUUUCGCUGCCGCCAUCCCGAGUCUGACCACCAGAUCUGUCGGCCCGCUAUCAAGCUUGAAUGACCCCGACAAAGGCGUCAGCCCCCAGGAGAGCACAGCUCUGAUCGUCAUGAACCAUGCUUCCGUCAAGGAAGACCUGGGUACGCUCAUCAAGCUCAUGCACAUUGCCAGGAACUUGCUGGUGAAUGCAGAGCCCGAGGUCCCCCAAGACAUCUGUGCCGCUGUCCAUUUUGACCAGAUGGUCUACCAAACCAUCAUCCUCUGCGUCAACGUCACGAGUAAGGGCUAUGACGGCGAGAUACUAGACGAGGCUCAACGGCUCAAGCUAGCCGACAUUACCGAACUUUACAAAAAGCUGCUGGUGACCUCGCUGCAGCAAGCACACAACUGGACCGCCAAGCAUGACCGCAACAAGAUGUCCUUCUGGUUCGACGUGCUGUUUGACGACGACGACGGUGGUUAUUCUGGACACGAUGAGGGCAUGGGUGAUGGUUCGGGUUUCCGGCCGGAAGUUGCCAAGCAGCAAGUUCAGCAUUGGCUGGACCGCAACUCCAAAAUGUGUGACGCGGCCCGCCAGCUUCUCAAAGACUAUGCACAAAACCAGGCCCACAAGCCUCCCGGAAAUCUGGCGCCGAUUCGUCCGCUGGCGUGGAACUGGAUGCCUGAUGACUCUAUCAACGUGCCAGCCGAUACCAGUGACGACGCAGAGAAGAUCAACCCCGUUUGGAAGCCGGACGAAACGGACAGAUUUGAGCAGGAUCGGGCAUACGGCCGAGUCUCCAGAGAGAUCGACACUUGGUGGCUACGCGCACGGGAUCCCAACUACGAAGAAUGGGUUGUAGGCAUGCCGUCUGUGGAGUUUGCGCAAUCGCGAACCGAGCAAUGCAAGUCGAACAUCGUCCACCGUUAUGCUCAUUCUUACCGGGGCGACCAUUCACCACCCCCAGAGGUGGCCGAGGAGGAUUUGCUGGACCACGAUCAUUGCCAUUGCCCCGAUUGCCACGGAUGUCAUCAUGAUGAUCACGAGCACGAAGAGGAGCAUGACCACGAUGCCCAAGAGCACGACGUUGAUUGCGAGCACCACCAUCAUCACCAACACCACCACCACCACCAUCAUCAUCAUGACCAUGACCACGAUCACGAUCAUGAUUACGCACACGACUAUGUCGAAGACAUGAUGGACGACGACGAAGCCGACGACGACGUCUCCUACGGAGAGGGGCCGUUGACGGGCUUGCUGACUGAAGUCCCCAAUAUCCUGGACCCAAAGCAGAUUGAAGCGCUGCACAUGAUUGUCAAGUCCUGUAUCCUUGACAAUGCGGGAUCUGGUCUGACACGUGCAGGUGAAAACCUGCAAAAGACGCGCUGUCGAAUGUUCCUGGCGCUCGACUGUGGAAAGAGUCUGCUGCGAGAGUUGCUCGUUUUCAUUGCCGUCUGGGACAAAGAUGAGCAGUCGUUGAUCUUCCAGGUCACUACGCAGAUAAUUGAGGCGCUUCAUCACAGCGCCUUGAUACCCUACGCCUGGAACUCGCUGAGGAUACCCAAGGAUAUCAUAUCCCCGGCGCAGACUGUGCUGUUGCGCUUGGUCAACCACAUGUUUCGAGCCAGGAGCACCAACUCCACGAGUCAGGAGCCAAAGGACAAUACUAGGGAUAUUAAACUGGUUCACUUCUUCUUCAGCUUCUUCCGGAGCCGCAUAGUUCCAGAAUGCGCGGCCCUGAUGCACCUGCAGGCCCAGAUUCGGGAACAAAACAUCGACCCGGCCGAGUUCCCUGUCGACAGCUGGGACAUGGAGCGAGCAAAAGACGGACUGACGCAGUAUCUGGACUUCCUGACUACGGUUGCCGAGAUGGCCGAUACCAGGGCCAAACUGAUAGAGUGGGAGGCAGUCUACGAUCUCAUAACCAUUCUGAGUGGCCUUGAGGCUGGUGUACAGAAGAAGGCGCUCAUAGAAUUGCCUAAACGGGCCACGAAGACCGAGACGAGCAAUCCGAUGGUUGAGCGCCCAUACUCGACGGCAGACGAGAGCCUGUCUCCUUCACCACCUCCGCCACCGUUGCAGGAGCCGGCCCACAAGUUCCCCUGGUCGGGCGUCAAGGGCCAGAUUUUCACCAUCAUCGCCACUCUCCUGCAGCCGCCGGCAGGGCAGAGCAGCCCAGGCAACUCGCAGGUUCAGAUGCAAAUGGUCAACUACAAUGGCAUCGUGCCUUUGCUGAACUGUUGCGCAUACGACGAUCACAAUCCUUACGCAAAGGAGCGCGUCACGAUUUGCCUGAAGUGGCUUCUGGAUGGGUGCGAGGCCGCCAAUAACUUCUUUCGAGAGCUCGUGAGCCUUGCGCCGCAGCCGAACCUCAAACCCCCACCCGGUGGCACAACAGUCUCAACCAUCAGGGUUGAUGGGAUCCAGGGCGAGGUCAAGGUUCAGGUGCGGUCCAACACGGCUCCGCCAUUGGAAGGGGAGUCAUCAGAGAACGCCAGCGAGUCCAAGGACCCCAACGCGGACCUUCUGGAGCGCGCGGCUUCGCUCAGCCUCGGCGCCGCGCCAGUCGCAUCGAGAGGCACACUUGAGGAUGAUUUCAUGGCGUAA